AUGAGUGCAAUCGAGGAGAGCGGUGAUAGAAACGAACCUAUCCAGGUUCUCUUCGCUCUCCAAUCAUCGUUUGACACGCUGGACUUCUGCGGCCCGCUCGAAAUGUUGACCGAAGCUUUGCAAGACAUCAAGAAUCCUGCAACCAAAGCCUUCCAAUGCAGCACUGUCGCCGCGAAGGAAUAUAUCACCUCCUCGCAAGGCUGCACCUUCAAAGCCCAUAUGGACUUCGAAGAAGCCCACGACCGUCUCGACGAGUUCGACGUGCUUGUCAUCCCCGGCGGCGGCACCGCCGAGGUGCUUAAGACGAAGGCAGAGCCCCUCGACCUCAUCACCGCCUUCACCGAGCUGCAGCAGAAAGAUCCUAGCCGUGAACGGACCCUCUUCUCCGUGUGCACUGGCGCCUUGUUCUUGGCUCAGCAGGGUGUCCUCCAGGGUCUGGCUGCGACCACUCAUCCGGACUACUACACCAAGCUUGAGAUCAUAUGCAGAGACGUUGCGAUGAAUGGUACCGGGCAGCGGACCGACGUGAUGGAGGAGAGAUACGUUGUCAACAAUGCACGCUUUGAGCUGGGGGAGAAGUUGGAGGAAAACCCUUUCAUUCUGGAGAAGCGGCCUGAUGGAAGGCGCAAGUCGAUUGCGCGCAAGGGCAGCGAUGCGUGGAAGCUGUCAAGGAGACGCGAGUCACUUGCUAGGAGGACUGCGCUGCCUUUGGGAGGUUUGAGGGUCAUCACGGCUGGCGGAGUCACGGCGGGUAUGGAUGCGGCCUUGUAUCUCGUUGCGGCGCUGGUGUCUCAUGAAUCUGCGAUUGAGGUCGCACGGCGUUCGCAGUACAACUGGAAUAAGGGCGUUACUGUGGAAGGGAUAGACGUCUAG